ACGUGAUCAGCCCGAGCGUCCAGCACAGGCAAACGUCCCAUUUUCCUCUUCGUUUGACGAUUCAGUAUAUUAAUUUAUACAUUUUGGCUAUUUCUACCGGUAACAUAUUUAAACUUUUGUACAUUGGAGCUCAUUAAUACAGGGUACAGAUGUCUACAAGCGGAGUUUGCAACGCGGGCGCUUCUCCUCAGCGGAGCUUGUUUCCAUAGAAACGGAUGCUAUGCUAAUGUACUGUAGACGGCUCUGUAAACGUUUGAUUAUUAAUUAUUCCCAAUGUUUGGGAAGCAGGACGGAACUAAUCUGUUUGAACACCAUGACAUAUGCCAGGCUUAAUGUUUAAAACAGUUGGAUGUGUGUUUCGCUAACGUUAACUCGCAUUUCUAUGCCAAUGGAAACUGGAAUUCUUUCCAGCCGCAUCUUAUGACGUAAACGCUAAACAUCUGAAAUGACCAAGCACACCUCAGGUAACACAUUAAGUCAAGCACCAAUAGAUCUCCUGUAGAGAAGAGCUGAUAACACCCCCCUUAAGGAGCGAUGUCAAAGUUUUCCACUGAAGACGAGGCCGAGCUCCAAUGCCUGCUGAGAGAGCUCCUGAAAAGUGCGAAGGACAGGAUCUCAGGAGCACCGUCGGUGGAAUGUGCAGAAGAAAUCUUGCUUCACUUGGAGCAAACCGACAAGAACUUUCACAACUAUGAGUUUGUGAAGUAUCUGCGGGAGUAUGUGGAGAGCAGCUUGGGAGCGGUUAUUGAAGAGCAGACGGAGAGUUUUACCAGGGGAGAUGGUCAUGCCGUCGGGUCAGGGCAGGACACCCUGGUUCAUGCCGUUACAAAGAACACUAGGGAGUCCACACAAUAUAAACAGAUGAUGCAAACGCUAAAACAGACCAUGAUGGUGGUGGUGGAAUCCCUGAUUAAUAAAUUUGAAGAAGACCAACUAAAGAAAGAGGAAAUGCACAGGAAGAGCCAACGUGAGCAGUCAAGCAGCCAUUACAUUGACAACUGCUCUGACAGCGACUCCUCAUUCAAUCAGAGCUAUGCUUUUAUCAAGCAUGAACAGCUGCAAGUCAUCGCCGAGAAGCUUGACCCCAGCCGGCCACGUGAGGUGCGCUGGGACGCCCUGCAAUCUCUCUGCUAUGCUCCCCCGUCUGAUGUUCUGAGCUGCGAAAGCUGGACCGUCCUGCGCAGAAACCUAUCAGCUGCGCUUUCUGACCCUGACAUCAGUGAUAAAGUUCUCUGCUUCUUUGCGAAAACCUUUUCAUCUUCUCCAUUAAAUGUUACUAAGGACGUAUACACCAGCAUAGUAAAAAGCUUGGAGGCGCAUUUCCUGUACCAUAAGUUGAGUUUUCCUAGUGGCUCUACAGGGAUCGAUGCGAACCGACCUGAUAUCGCUCGUCUUCUCAAACAAAUGCGUUUAAUGAACGACUUUCAAAAGGAAGUGACAACAUUUUGGAUACGGCACCCUGAAAAGUACAUGGAGGAGAUCAUCGAGGCCACCCUCUCUCUUCUCUCGCUACAUUCUGAACUUGGCGCAGAUAAAUCUCUCGAACCCAUACACUUAAUCUCUCUACUGGAUAUUAAAGCCACCUGGUUUAAAAAAUGGAUGCAUGGUUACUACAGCAGAACUGUUGUCUUAAGGCUCCUUGAGAAGAAGUACAAGACAUUGAUCGUAAAUGCUCUUCAGCAGUGCAUUUAUUACCAUGAUUCCUGUGAUUCUGUCCGAGAUGAAACCUUGGAAAUCAGCCAUGUCCUGGAACAUCAGCAGAUUGGUACUGCACAGAGAACCCUCUAUGUUUCCAAAGAGCUGGAGUAUAUUUAUUUUGUUCACUCGUUGUGCGUACUCGGAAGGCUUGUGAUGUACACUAAUGGAAGAAAACUUUUUCCCAUUAAAGUAAAGAAACGGAGAGAUCCGGUAACUUUGACCGAUCUAGUGGUGAUACUCAUCAACAUCAUGUACCAACACCCUAAACCAUCAGGUGGUGAGACAGCGCAUACAGACUCACUCUCCCCCACCAGUCUUGUAAUGGAGGUGUUGAGGACACUGUGUGACCGCACGGAGUGUGCCGUGGAGUCUCUCUAUCAAAUCCCUGUGAUAGAGACGCUGCUGGGCCCUAUUAUCUCUCUUCUUAAAGGAAAGCUGCCCAAAUUAAAUUCCUUGGAAAGUGCCCUGACUCACACGGCAGACACCCUGGCGCGAAUCGCUGCCACUGAACGAGGUUUAUCACUCCUGCUUUAUGACAGAAAUCUCGUCUCGGCUGAGGGUGAAAGUAUUUCUGCAGCACACCUGAUCGUGCAGUUUACCCAGAGACUGUUGGCUGAAGAGCUGCUCGUGUUCUCUGAGCUGGAGAUUUCUCCCGCUGUGAGCGGGGCCUUCCUCUUCGUCUGUAGGCAGAUGUACAACACCUGCGAGGGGAUGCAAGUCUUGCGGCCUUACCGUCUGCACGAGUGCAUCGCCAAAGCCUGGAGAAAGACUAGCUCACUGUCAGAGAGAGUUCCCACCCCGGUUCCUGGAGCCCCACCAGCUCUGGCUGCCCAAGAACCGCAGAACGUGGUGGCAUGGGAAGAGAUGCUGUUGGACAACCUGCUGAAUUUUGCUGCCACGCCAAAAGGAUUGCUACUUCUCCAACAGACCGGUGCCAUCAACGAGUGCGUCACAUACAUGUUCUCAAGAUUUACCAAAAAGCUGCAGGUCAGCAGGUGUGAGAAGUUUGGUUACGGUGUGAUGGUGACCCAGGUUGCUGCGACAGCCCCAGGCAUCGUGGCCUUGCAAAGCUCAGGUUUUGUCCAGACGAUUGUGGUAGAGCUGUGGUCAGCGCUGGAAUGUGGACGAGAGGAUGUUAGGGUGGUCCAUCCCAAAUCUACUCCAAUGGACCCCAUCGACAGGAGCUGCCUUAAGUCUUUUCUUUCUCUAGUAAACCUUCUUUCUUCACCUCAUGCUGUGUGGGAACUGCUGGGACAUCGAACACUUCCCAACAAGACAGAGUACAAUCUGAGAGAGAUGGCCAGCUCUGUUUUAGACCUGAUGGACCGUCUCAUCAUUGUUAACUCCGAUGCAAAGAUUCACUCGCUUUUCAACUACGAGCAGUCCCACACGUUUGGCCUGAGGCUCCUGAGCAUACUGUGCUGUAACCUGGAUACUUUUCUUCUCCUGGAGUCUCAGUUCAAAGUCUCUGAGUUACUGCUGCAGGAUAUGAGGGCUAAUGUGACAGAGCCGCCCUCGGGUGAAGGAGAGUUUAUCAUUGAUGGCCUGUCUGUGGAAAGAAGCCACAUCCUGGUUCGAAUCGGUGCAGUCGGUGGCCCGUCUGAGAGGAGACUUCCUCCCCGAGCCCUACAGAAGGGGAAUGAUCCUUACCCUUGGCCGAUGGUGUCCACAUAUCCUCUGCCCAAGUAUUAUAUCCUCGACCCACCAAAGACUCUCCACAAUAAACAGGAAUCUGAGAUCAGUGCUUUCUUGGCCUCCUGUAAGGAAACAGAGAGGCACUCUGGCUGGAUGGAAGAUUGUAGAAGACAGUUCUGUAAGAUCAUGGUUGCGAGAUCACACACUCUCGCUGGAUACGUGCUCGCCGAUCUGCUGGAGAGGGUCGUCUUGCAUCUCUCAUCUUCAUCCGUCGACUGCUUCUUUCCUCCUGCAGAAUAUAAAGGUUGGGGUUUAGUGAUGGACCACAGUGUGAAGAGCAGGAGCCUUUCAUCCGUGGAGCAGUUGGGUGUGGAGAUCUCGCUCAGGUACGGCAAGUUCCUGAAGUUACUGCGAGAUGAUUCUGAACCGGAUCUGUGUCUCCUGCUCAAGCACUGUCAGGAGUUUCUCUCUCAGCAGAGGAUCAAUGUGACCUCUGACAUCUCUUAUUUUCAAGGUGGUUAUCCUGGUCACGAUUGGUUUGCCUCCACUGUCUUUCUGCUCAUGCACGGUGACGUGGGCCGCUCACUGAGUCUGCUUCUGCGUUUCUCCCGUCUGCUGCCGUCCGCCUUCCUGUGGCCCCCGAGACUACACGGCUCUGUGAACCUCCCUAUAGAGAUCGCUCUGUCAGGUAUUCAUCCCAUCUACUCCUGCACUGCUCACUACGUGGAGAUGUUGCUGAAGGCCGAGGUUCCUCUGGUCUUCUCUGCCUUCAGAAUGUCCGGCUUCACUCCAUCUCAGAUCUGCAUUCAGUGGCUUGGCCAGUGUUUCUGGAACUAUUUGGACUGGUCUGAGAUCUGUCACUAUGUGGCCACGUGCAUCAUCAUGGGCCCCGAUUACCAGGUGUACAUAUGCGUCGCUGCUCUCAGGCACAUGGAGCAGGAAAUCCUGAAGCACACGCAGACGCAGGACCUGCAGGUCUUCCUAAAGGAGGAACCGAUUCACAGCUUCAGGGUGAGUAAUUACCUGGAGUACAUGGAAGGACUGGAACGCAACUACAGAUCCCUGGUGCUCUCGGACAUGAGGAGCAUCUUGGCGAGGAGCAGCUAGCGGGACCAGAUUCAGUGACAUUCAAUGGGAUGCUGCCGUGUAAUUCAUCCUGAUUCUAUUUAUAACAUGAAUUAUUGUUCUUAGUAUAUUUAUAAAAAUAACAUUUUAAAACAGUAUUACUAAAUUUAUAUGAAGAGGAAAAUGGACCUGUUUCAUAACAAUAUUGUGUUGUUUUACCAUCUGUUGUAUGUCAGCAGUAAAUAUAUAAAGUAUUUUGAUGCUUAA